AUGGCUUUUGGAGCGGCGAGCCUCCUGCUGCCUGUGCUUGCCAUCGGAGUUGCUGCUUGCACCGAGCCGAGCUCCAAAUGCGUUGAGGAGGAUGCGCAGCUGAUGCAGAUUCGCAGGACCGGCGGCGUCGGCACUGAGCUGGACUACUGGCAGUGUGAUCGCAUGUGUCGCUAUGUGUAUGGUUUCUUCGAUCGCUAUAUCGUCGGCAAAGAGGUGGUGAAGCACACAUCCUGCGUCUGCACCCGAGGAGACGCGUAUCUGGGCAACGCCUCCUUCGCGGAGACUGGGUAUGAGACUUUGUCACAAACCGGCAUCCCACCACCGAAGGGAGACUUCAAGUAUGCUGUGCCCUACAACACUUCACAUUACUGGUGUGGUGCAGAUGGCUCGUAUACUGAUGGCCCGCCCAUCUACUCUACGCGAAUGGUGUGCGCAAUAAGUUCCAUGACGAACGCUUCAGCACGACCUCUGACUUAUGCAUCCGUGGAUGACGUCCCACACGGUCACACCGUGCUUCACUGCGGCACAUGCGGUGCUUGUAGCUCGCCGUAUGACCAGCGCAUCAUCUACCUCACACGGAACAACAUCACCGAGCAGCAGACAAAGUGCUCUGCUAGGUAUGUGCUCUCCCAGCUGAGCCCCUUCCGACAGAAACGCCAGCAGAUCCAAGACUUGAAGCCGGGCUGCACCCAUGAGCUUCCGCUCAGAACAGUCUGGCAGAACCAGCACAGCGGCAUGGCCUUUGAUGACACAGGGAUUUCCUGGCCCGAGCCGGACGGAAAGCCAACCUGCAUGGACUGUCAGGUGGACAACAUUCUCAACGACAAGGUUCUGUGCAUCUCAUCCUGCUAUGACAAGUUUCUGCACCCGUCGGGGCAGCCCUAUGACGAGGAUGCUUGCCUGCAGUGUGAUGAGUACACGUCGGGCCCCUGGUACAUCAUGUGCGGCGGAUGCAAUCGCCGGAGCUCGGGCAUCGUGGGCGACAUCACACGGAACGAAAGUUGGAUAUGCCCAGUUGGCUACUGUUAUGGCAAAGGCGACAGGUCAGCUCACUUCUACCGAAUCAAGUCUCAUCGGGAAGUGGGAUCACAGUGCGCUCGGCGGCAGCAGCGUCUGAAGGAGGGUGCCAUGGUGCUCGAAAGGAGCAGCACAUCCUUCCAGCUGGAUGACGAUGGACGGGUGGUGGGGUUGGCGCGGGAGUCGGCGUCGUCUGUUUCCCAUCACCUCGUGGAAGAGCUCAUGGUCCUCGCGAACCACGUGGUCGCGCAGAAGCUGGUGGAAGCCAGCGCUUCGGUUGGCGAGGAUGCGUCCGAGGCGGGUGUGCGCCAGGCGCUGCUCAGGCGCCACGAGAACACCGAGACCGCAGUGACGCAGGAGGUGCUUGAGAUGCUGCCCAAGGAGCUUCAUGGCCACGCUCCACAGACUCUGAAGGAGCUGCUUCCGUGGUGCAGCCAGCAGUUGCCCAAGGAGACCUACGAGGCUCUCUGCGACGGCGUGCUCAAAGGCUUCAAGGAGGCGGAGUACAUGGUUGCCGAUGACGACGCUGCCGAUCAGGACGUCGGGCAUUGGGCGCUUUCGCUGCCCUCGUACAUGCACUUCACUUCGCCCAUCCGCCGCUACGCAGACAUCCUCGUCCACCGCCGGCUGGCCUUUAUCCUCGAGGCCAAGGGCGGCGACAAAGAGACGCAGGGCAGCCAUAGCGCCUUUCUGGACUCACUGAAGGAAGCGGUGGAAACUUGCAACGCCAAGAAGCGCGACGCUCAAGAUGCGCAGAUGGAAGAGAUCCAGAUUGUCCUCUCGGACUAUGUCCAGCGCUGCGGAGGUGUCGAGGUGGACGACGCGGUCCUCACUCGCAUCCUCGUGCCUCGCAGGCCCGCUGAAGCCCGAGCCAAUGAGGAGCCCAAGGCCGAGGACGAGCAGCCGCUCUCCUUCCGCCAGCGCCUCACGAAUCGGGCAGCGAAGGAGGCCCUGGAGAUCUACGUGCCGCUGGCGCAGUGCGCCCGCUCCGUGAGUCUCGAGGUGCUGGGCUUGGAAGCUGCUGAGCCGUUGCCGGCGCCAGGCCCCAGCCCUGGUAAAGCUGAAGUCGGCCCCAAGAAGCGAGAACCGAGGCACCGCGAGGUGCCAAGCCUGCGCGUGCGCGUUCGCGGCACAUCUGAGGAGAUCCUCCUUGAGAAGCUGCAGCGGCUGAGCGUGCGCCUCACGACACCUGGCGCGCAGGACAUGGAGCCUGGCGAGACCAGCCGGCACUGGACCAUCCGUGUCCCCUGGGCCCAGCAUGCGGCCACCAAGCCCCCAAGCGUCUCCCAGGAUCCCCCAGAGCCACCAGCGAUUCCACCGCCGCCGCCGCCGCAGGGCGCGGCGUGGCAGUAA